AUGUUAAUGUUACUUUUGGCGUACUUCCUACUGCUGUUGGUGAUGAACACGGAGGCCGAUCAAAACCUGCGAAAGACCACGUGUCCACUAUGUAACAUGGAUGUAAAAGCGGAUAUCAAUGCUUUUAUCCUGGGCAACCAGUAUAUUUACGCAUGUGAGAUGGCCGGCCACAUUGACUCGCUUCAGAAUGACCCAGCUUCUAAUCUAGGUUUACCAAAGAAAGUUGACAUUACCACGGACGAGAUUUACAAGGACGCAACGGACAUCAGGUGUCCCGUAUGUGGCAAGGGCUUUGACCAGCUUACGCAUGCCGUGCCAUGGAUUUCCAAGGGCACUCAAAAGAUCUAUACGUGCUCACAAGAGCAUGCACAGCUUGUGUUUGACAAUCCGACCAUGUAUGUGGCGGCCCAGGUUUCUUCCGGUGACUUUUGCGACGUCGGUGCGGCCGCUAUUCCCACCGGUUCGGCCAUGUUUAACGGCUUUCAGCUGGCUAUAGGCGGAGACACGUCGUGUUUACUGCUACUUUUCCAGCCAUGGGUGAUCUCAUCUACAGUCAAGUACAUCUUUGCCUUUCUGGGUGUCGUGCUGCUGGCCAUGUCGCUCGAGGGCUUUGGUGAGCUGCGCGAGUUUGUGACGAAGCGGCUUUUCCGGGACUAUGGCAUCGUAUCUAGCCAAACUGACGACAUGUCGCUGUCUACACUACUAGUCACCAGCGUGAGCAGCGACUACGCUGCUGUUAAUGAUUCAUUUGCGAACAAGGUCGGCCGCGUGCCAACCACCCCCCAGGUGAGUAUUGUUCGUCGUCUGCCACUUUGGUGUAAAGUGAUGCUUGCAAUCAUGUACAUGGUGCAUUUGAGUCUGGGCUAUUGGGUCAUGCUGGUCAUUAUGACAUUUGAAACACUCAUGUUUAUUGCUGUAAUUCUUGGAGUUGGUCUUGGUUUUAUUAUCUUCAAGGACACGGACGCUAAUGAGUUUAGUGGUAACAUCGACCCAUGCUGUUCCACUUAA